UUUGGAGUCCGUCCUGUAUGAACGCACGAGGGCCGCUGUCACAGUUAUAGGCACGGCUUCAACAAAGUUCACGGGAAAGGUGUUCCCUCAGUUGUACAUGCUUGCAUAAGUACAUGCGGUAAUUACCAAUGAGACUCUGCUGCGUGAUGCGGUAACAAACGGUGCUUUGUGUGUUUCGUCGAGUGCCCGUGUGUAUUUGGUUUGAAAAAAAAAACGAGAGCUUGCUGAUUUAAAAAAAAAUUUGUUUAUGUUUAUUUGGAGCGUAUCGCUUCCGUGGAUAGAUAGUAUAGACGAGUGUUUGGUGCGAGACUUUUUUUGAGGUAUCGAGCUGUGAGGUGGUGAAAAAAUAUAUAUGAUGAGGCCGAGGGAAUAUUAUGUGGUGACAUGAGUUUAGGGUUUGAAGAUAAGUGAUUUUGAAGGCCCGAAGAAGAAGAUAAUUACAAGGAGGAAGAGGAAAGACAAAGGGGGAAGUGUAGGUACGGCUGGUCCCAAGAUGCUGACAUCGAGCGCCAAUCAGUACCUCCGUCCGGAGUACAUAACACCUCUACCCACGACGCUGGACGCAAAAAAGAGUCCCCUGGCUCUCCUCGCCCAGACGUGCAGUCAAAUAGGCGUGGACCCGCCAACGAGCAAGUCCCUGCUGGUACCGCUCGACAAGUCUCAAAAACUGUCAAAGUCGGGGUCGACCACCUCGUCAUCAUCGUCAGACUCGUCGAGUCGCGACAAAUCGUCACCAUCGUCCCAGAGCAACAACUCCACGUCAUCGUCAAUGUCGUCCGCGUUCUCAGAAACCAAGCCCACCAGCAGCUUCAAGCCUUAUGAGUCCUGCGUGUCGCGGGACAAAGUAUCCAGCCCCGAGCAGCGCGUCCCCUCCGCCAACUCGAAUCCCGGCGGUGGUGGCAGCUCCUCCCGCUCCCGGACGCCCGCGGGCAAGCGCUGCUCCAGCAACCAGAGUGCCUCAUCGGGCAGCGGCAGCCGUGCCCUCACGCCCCAGGGUCGCAAGAGCUCCACCCCCGGGGACAGUACGCACCGCGAGUCGCCGAGCGCAAGGCUAGCGAGGGAAGACGCCGCCUCCAGAUCCGCCUCGUCCUACAGCCCGUCGAGCCUGCAACAGCAGCAUCCGUCGUCCAAACCGACGGCCUACAGUAGUCACCUGGUCGCGUACUCCUCCGCCCACCAGGACCACCUAGUCCAGAGCACCAGCUGCUUCAGACCGUCGGCCCUGAGUCUGUCGACCUCCGUUGCCGGUGGUGCCACCACGACGACGACGCCCUCGGCCGCGUACGGUCUGCCCUUCCCGGCCCAGCUGCCACCCAUGGACCCCAUGACCGCCAGCUCGCUCAUGUCCCAGCACGCGGCCCUCAAGAACGGCCUGGCCGUCAACCCGUACCUCGGCUACACCCGCAUAAAGACAGCCACCGGCGCCGAAGCCCUAGUGCCGGUCUGCCGGGACCCCUUCUGCACCGGUUGUCCCCUCAACAGCCACCUCCUCGGCGCCGCCGCUGCUGCAGCCGCCACCUCGCCCGUGAACGGUUCCAAGCUCCCCAGCAGCACUAGUCCCAGCGCCGCCUGCCCCGCGGGCUGCGCCCAGUGCGACCACAAGCAACAGCAAACAUCAGCUCCCUCGCCCUCCGCGACCGCCGCCGCCGCCUCGCCCGCACCCCCUCCGUCCAUGACUGCGAGCCCCUACGCGGCCUACGCCCAGAUGGUGGCCCUGGCCGCGGCGUCCCAGCUGCCCUACAUCUGCAGCUGGGUGGGCACCGACACGGCCUACUGCGGCAAGAGGUUCGCGAGCACGGACGAGCUGGUCCAGCACUACAGGAGCCACACCGGGGACUCGGCCGCCGCGGCCGCGGCCGCCACCAUGUCGUUGCUCACCCCGCCCGGGCACCCUCUCCUCUCGAGGAGCUAUCCGACGCCGCCCCUCAGUCCUCUGGCGAGUGCUAGGUAUCACCCGUAUGGCAAGGGGCCCUACCCCGGACCCCCGCACCCCCACCUUUCGGCUCUGGGGCUGUCCCUGCCACCGUCGCAUCCACACUCGGCGGCGGCAGCUGCGGCGGCCGCGGCCGCUGCCGGUCUUCCCCCGUACUUCUCGCCCUACUCGCUCUACGCGGCGGGCUCGAGGCUGGGCGCCGCGACGGGGAUGCAUCCCUAAUUUGGCGGCGGGUUGGUUUGGCGACCAGAGCUUUUGGUUUUAUGAUUUGAGGGCGUGGAUAGUGUAGAAAAUCGAGAGGGCGUGUCACCGCGGAUCUGCAUUGACUGUGAUUGUUUUUCUCUUUUGCGACUGUCUUAGGGUUACUCACUUGUACACGUGCCGUUGAUGUUUGUUUUGCGAAAAUAUUCGAUUAUCGCAUGAUUUUUUGUCAAUAAUAUUUGUCAUGAGCUCGAAUGAAGUUUAAAUAGUCGAGCUUCUUUUCCACUCGAUACGUGAAUUUCCGCAUUUGUUGUUCUUAAAAAAAGUAAAAGAAAAGAAAAAAGUAUGAGUUGAAAAAAAACACCCACAAACGCGUACGAAUUUCAUUGUUGUAUAUUCCAUUGGUACGUUUCGCGCGGCUGUACGCCUAGGCCAGGCAUAAUCGGCCGUUGUGUCCACACUCCCCGCAUUUACCUGCCCACCUUUUCCCCUUUGAUUAUUAUUUAUGUAUUCCCCGUGUCGUAAGGAACAAUACGUGUGUACAAUGCGUCAUCCUGCUUUAAUGAUCGUAUUCAAUCGACCCUUUGUCCGUAACUGUACGGAAAACUUGUAAAUUUGUUUAUAGAAGAAGAAGAAGAAGAAAAAAAAGAGACGUAUUCAGAUGUAAACUAUUAACGUUCGUUGCUCGUAAUAAUGAGUGAAAAAAGUGUGUCGCGUGUUAAAAUGAUGAUGAGGAUGCUUGUGACGAGAGAAAAAAAAAGUUGAUAGUUGCGCUGAGGGACGAAAAAGUUCUAACGAUAUAAAUAUUAUAAAUAUAUACAUAUAAACAAUCUCGUCGUCUAUUUUUGCGUAACCAAAGUUCUUUAUAUAUAAAUAAUUAUACGUAGUAAACACAUUUUAUUGGUCUAUCCGUAGAACGUUAACGUGUCGGUGCACAUGAGACGAAAAAAAAAAAAAAAAAAAAAAAAAAAAAAAAAGAAUAAAAAAAAAGACACAAAGAGGCACACAGACAUUGUGUUUAGACGAUUACCUUACAUUGUACCAACCGAGAAACGUCGAUUGUAAAUGACACUAUCGAGCUGGCAAUAUUGUUAGCAAUACAACAUGUUCUUUCUACUGUUAAUAAUAUUGCUCAAACGCUAUGAUGUAAUAUUAUAAAUAUUAUUUUUAUCGUAUCACAAAUUAUUACAACUGCGUCGUACUAAUUACUCGUAUCGUCGUCACAUACCUUUCGCACUUGAUAAUAUCAAUUUAAAUAUUAUUGUAUUGAUACUUUUAUUGUAUUGUAUUGUAAUUUUUAAUUCGAACUAAUUUUAUUGUAUUAUUUAUAACAUUAUUGGAAAAAAUACGUGCCGUUUGUUUUUAUUAUCCAACUUUGAGAUGUACAAAACAUUUCUCGAGGUUCCCUCACUCUUUCGAUUUCAGUGGCGAAUCAGGAGAAUUAAAAACAAAAACGCUAAAAGCUCAGCGAAUCGUUAAAAAAUACAUGCUUACGGAAAAGCUGUAACCAUUAUAAUCCGUAUGGAUGGUCGAAAAGAUGCCACCGAAGUUAGAAUGGACGAGACCACCGACUAAUCUGUAACGUUUACGCUGAUAGUUGUUUUCUCUUCGCAAUAGAGGUAUUGUUGUAUCAACCUGUCAUAUGAUUUGAAAAUUGAAGUAAAAAAGAAUCUGAAAUAAAAAAAAUAAAAAAAUUGUUUCUCACUAGAA